AUAUUUAUCAGUUGAAAUUCUUUGAACAAGGAAAUUUUAUACAUGUUAGUAUGAGGAUAAAAUGGCGACAUCGUUAAACGUAAAGGAAGAAGCUGAACAUAUAAAAGAAGAUUUUGUCGAUUUAUUGACGUGUAGUAUUUGUUUUGAAAUAUUUAAACAGCCAAAGUAUUUACCGUGCCUUCAUACGUUUUGUGAGACUUGUAUAAGUUCAUACAUUGUUUCAAAGGCGAAGGGAAACAACUUAAAGGGAUUCAAAUGUCCAGUAUGUCGUCGCUUUGUUCCUAUGGGAGACAAUAUGAAGAAUCCUGAGACAUGGGCUAGAUCUUUGCCGGGAAAUUAUUUUGUCGUUUCGAUGAUUGAUAGGAAAGCAAUGAAGAAAACUGAAAAACUUUGUGAUACUUGUAGCAGUAAAAGUAUUUCGAAAGAGGCGAUUUCUUGGUGUACGGUUUGUGCGGAAGCAUAUUGUGAUACUUGUGACGACUAUCACAGAUCAUACAAAAUGGCCCGAAAUCACAAGAUAGUACCGAUUAAAGAUAUGCAUGAAGAAACGUCUAUUUCAAAUAUUUGUUCGUUUGUUGCUUGCGAUGAACAUCCAGACAUGGCAAUUGGAAUCUACUGCAAGGAUCACUCCCAGCCAUGUUGUACCAUUUGUGCUACUGUACACCAUAGAAAAUGUGAACACGUGGUUACCAUUGAUAAGGCUGUAGCUGGUGUAAAAGAGUCUAAAAAAGCACAGGAAUUUAUGAAUAAAUUAAACGAAACAGGUAAAAAAUUAGAUGGAGUUAUCAAAAACCGAAAUCAUUAUACGACAAAUUACAAAAAAGAAGUAGAUGUUGUCUUAAUGGAAGUUGCAAACAUGCGUAAAAAAGUAAAUGAAAAAUUGGAUAAAAUGGAAAAUAAGAUAAGAGACGAAAUAAAUGGUGCAAGGAAACGAAAUCUUCUAAGACUAAGCGAGGAUUCCACAGAAUUAUUCACAUUGAAGAGUAAGCUUGAUCAUUGGAAGAAUAUAUUUGAAAAGUGUCUAUCCCAGGGAACCGAACUACAAUGCUUGGUCAAAUUGGAGGGAAUUUCAAGAAAAAUUCCGCAGUUCGAAAAGGAUUUGUCUACAGUUAUUCAAGGAAUAAGGGACGUGUCUGUUAAGUUUGAAGCUACAGAAAUUGUUUCAGAUACUGUUCGCUUCGGUCACCUACAUUAUAAUGAAAAAAAGCCGUCUUUUCUGGGUUUAAAGACUGUAAACUUUCAUACUGGAAAGAUCAAAUUUUUGUUUACAAUCGACAUUAGAGGUAGUUUUAUCAGUGGUAUAUUCUUUAACGACGAUAUCAUUAUAACGGACCAUGAUAAGAAAAUGGUGGUUCAUCAUGAGAAAAAUGGGAAACAAACGGAAAAAUUAAACAUUCCGAAACCCCCAACUGAUAUCACAAAGGUGAAUGAUUGCACUGUAGCCGUGUCUUCAAAUACAGAGAAAAUAUUUAUAAUUAACGUGAAACCGUUAACAUUAGUAAAGACUUUGGAUAGCAGUGUUCCUUUGUGGGGAUUAUGUUUGGUUGACAAUGAGUACAUAACAGCUAGAAACGGUAACAUUUCUUGGUUAAACGCUGAAACGGGGGCUAAGAUAAAACAAAUACAAACAACAAGCUCAGAUACACGAUUUGUCACGUGUUACCAGAAAAGUGAAUACAUUUACUGUAAGGGUGGACACACUAUUAACUUUGAAUCAGCUGUCGGUAAAGGUUUUCAGUAUAACCAUAGUAACUUAUCUAAUCCGUAUAAUCAGGAAAUUGACAAAGAAGGGAAAAUAUACAUAGUAGGAUACGGUUCACAUAACAUACAUCAGCUGACUUCUACUGGUCAGCUUAUCCAGAUCAUACCUGUAUCAGAAAUAGACAAGACAAUCACUGGAUAUCCAUGGGUGAUGCGCUUCAAACGAAAUACUAAUCGGUUUAUUUUAACAUUUAAUUCAUGGAAAGUUCCAGUCUAUGUUUGUGAAAUUGAAUAAACUGCAAUUUAGAAUAGUUUUUUUAAAUAAGAUGUCUAGAAUCGGUUCAUAUGAUCAUUAAACAAUGUUAAAUUA